AUGGCUAUAAGUCAAAAGAAUAUACAAGCAACACGAGCUGAUCGUUAUCGAGCACCAGUCUCGUCAUCGAUAGACAAGCAUAAUGUCACGGUUCGUCAUUCAAAACCUCAACCAACCAUUCGCAAAGUCCAUCGCAAAUCUCAUCGUUCAUUAUCUCAAGAUCAAGAUCUACGUUUACGGACAGAGAACAAGCGAAGUAGCUUUGUCAUUCACACAACCAUUCGGUCACCAUCAAUACACACGAACUCAGUGAUCAAUAAGUCUGUCAGGAGUGAAAGUAUAUUGAUAUCAACGUCUAACAGUCAAGAUAAAAACCAGAACUUGGAGAAAAAGCCACCAGAACAGAUUAGGCAACCGCCUAUAAUGGCUGAUGAAGCUAAGAAUCUCUAUGAAUACAAUCGGGAUAGAUCGUCAACAUUCAACAGCCAUGCAAAGAUAACUGAUAAAUGGGCAAACUAUACAGAUUAUAGAGUGAAAGAAGAACGCAAGUCCAGAAGAAAUAGAAAAGCAGGGUUCUUUUAUCACAUGUGUUGUGGAUGGUCACCGUGCUGCUGCUUUUUGUCUCUGGUUGCUUUAAUUCUUAUCGGAACCAUCAUUGCUAUUAUCGUUAUUUCCUUGCUUAACAAAUCUAAAAAUACAACAGUAGCAACAAGCGUAUCGCCAGGCUUGACCACGGUGUCUACAACGGCUUCCACAACAGCAUCCACGACGGCGUCCACAACGGCUUCCACAACGGCAUCCACGACGGCGUCCACAACAGCUUCCACAACGGCAUCCAUGACGGCGUCCACGACGGAAUCCACAACGGCUUCCACAACGGCAUCCACGACGGCGUCCACAACGGCUUCCACAACGGCAUCUACGACGGCAUCCACGACGGCAUCCACAACGGCUUCCACAACGGCAUCCACGACGGCGUCCACAACAGCUUCCACGACGGCGUCCACGACGGAAUCCACAACGGCUUCCACAACGGCAUCCACAACGGAAUCCACAACGGCUUCCACAACGGCAUCUACGACGGCAUCCACGACGGCGUCCACAACGGCUUCCACGACGGCGUCCACAACAGCAUCUACAACGAUGUCCACAACCGCUUCAACGACAACGACAUCAGCUCCAUGCGUCAGUUUUGUUCCACAAACCACUUAUCCAACUGGUUCUGGAUCUAAGCCAUUUCCGAUUGCAUCUGGCGAUUUAAAUGGAGACGGAAUGCCUGAUGUGAUCACUGGAACGUAUGGUUCGAACACUACCACUGUCCUUUUCAACAGAGGUAACGGCACGCUUUUCGUUCAAGCCAACUACACGGCUGGCCCUGGCUAUACGUGGUCCAUAAAAGCCGUUGAUGUAAACGCAGAUAACAAACUCGAUCUUGUUAUCGCAAACUCCAAUGCCGGCAACAUCGGUGUUUUACUCAAUAUAGGUAACGGCACAUUCACUCCGCAAACCACCUAUCCAACAGGCAAUGCCACUGAACCGCAUUCAGUAGAAGUAGUUGACGUUAAUGGAGACAACUCACCUGAUAUUAUUGCCGCCAACUACCAGUCAGACACGAUUGGUGUUCUCUUCAACAGAGGAAAUGGUACGUUUGAUCCUCAAGUAACCUAUCCAGAUAACGGUGGACCGCAUUCUGUGACAGCAGUUGAUCUUAAUUCGGACGGGAAACCCGAUAUCGUAACUGCAGACAGGGAUGCAAACAGGGUUGGCGUUUUCUUUAAUGCAGGCAAUGGAACGUUUGCUGCAGAAAUUACCUAUUCAACGGGUAGCGGCUCAUAUCCACAAUCCGUAUCAUUGAAUGAUGUUGACGGCGAUGGGCAAUUAGAUAUUAUUGUCGCAAACUACGGUACAAACAAUGUCGGUGUUUUACUUAAUAAAGGUAAUGGCACGUUCGGUGCACAAACCAUAUAUUCAACUGGCGUUAGUUCGGGACCUUAUUAUCUUGUAACUGGCGACAUGAACGGAGAUAAUACAAUCGAUAUUGUUGUAGCAAACUCCGGCUCGAAAACUAUCGGUAUUUUUCUUAACUAUGGCAAUGGCACAUUUGCUCCUCAACUGAAUUAUUCAACCAGUUAUACCGAUUAUGCAGUAGGUAUUGCUGAUCUUAACUCAGAUGGUAAAAUGGACAUUGUCAUUCCGAAUUAUAAUGGAAACAAUGUUGGCGUUAUAUUAUCUACUACUUGCUAA